AUGGCGGAUGGGAAUGUUGGGAACGCCGGAGAUGAAGCAGCAAGUAACACCACCACCAAUUCUCGAAGCUAUCAAAGACUUAAAAACAGACAGGAUGGAGUAUUGGCUGCAAUUGCUGGCAUGAGGAAGGAGUUUGAGCUCAACAUGCCCAGCACGCGCUCUAACGGCCAGGCUCAGCCCACGCUGGCGUUCCCUCGCCGGAAAUCCUGCAGAGUUUCCUCUCACGGCAAGACGCCGCAGCGAGAGGAGUCUCCGGCUGCUUCACCUUCAAAACCCGAAACCCAGAACCUGAACCUGGGUCGCAUCGGACCGAUGUCCCCGAGGCGCCCUGCCGUCGCCCGGACCUCUGCCGUCUCGUCUCCUCUCUCACUCAGAGCUCCUCCAUCCUCCCCCCGUCUGCAGACAAGACUCCCCCUCAGCCCCAGGAAACGCACAGAAAGCUCAGCUUCGACGAGAACUCUCCGCUCUCCGUUCGCUGCCGGCUGGUCCCGUCGCUGUCGCCACGGAAACCAGUCUCCCAACACCGGGUCGUCACCGCGGCGACAGGACACUCCCGCCGGAACCCCCGGAGGGAAAACACGCGGUCUCUCGGCUCUUCGCAGAAAAGUCGAGGUUCCUGAGCGUGAAGCAGGCUUUGCACACGGCCCUCCCGGAGCGUCUUCUGUCCCGCGAGGUGGAGCGAGACGCCAUCCGGUGCUUCCUGAGAGACAAAGCCCUGCAGAGAGUCCCCGGCAGCCUCUACAUCUCCGGAGCGCCCGGCACCGGGAAGACCGCCUGCUUCCUGCAGGAGAUGGAGCACUGCCUCUUGCAUGUCUUCCCUCUCAGCCUGUCCAGGCCGUGGAGGGAGGAUCAGCGCCUCUUCAGUGUCGUCUGGACCCCCCCAUCGACCUGUCCUCUACAACAGUGGAAUGGAAUAGAGGACACACCCGUUACGUUCAUGUUUAUCGAAGUCGGCGCGACGACCCUGAUUCCCAGAUGCUUCAGUACAGAGACAGAACCGCUCUGAAUCAUGGAGACCUGACCAGAGGAGUCCUGACUCUGACCAUCUCCAACGUAUCUCUGUCUAACAAUGGGUCUUAUGAAGUCUAUCUCCCAAAGCUCGGGGUCAGAUGUUCGACUCACCUCACCGUCGUAACAAAGGAGCAAGAGAACCAGACCAAGAGGAACGACUCCAGCACAACCUCACCUCCAGCUGGAGAGAGAAAUGAUGCUUCAAACAGAGAGGCUGGUCGUGCUGCUAUCAUUCUCACAGUUCUCCUGAUUCUCUGCGUUCUCGUUGUUCUGCUGGUUCUGAAGAGAGGGAAGACCAUGAUUGGAUUGAGCUGCUCAGAGGAGGGAAGGACAGAAAAACAGAGACUGAAUGAAUAUGAAAAUAAAGAUCUGAACACGGAGGCAGAAACCGAAGACCUGCAGAGAGACGAGUCAGAAACCUCUGUCUCAUCGUGAGCGGCUGCUCUCAGAGCUCUCAGAAGCCCCUCAAGGACUGCUGGAGGGAUUAAGACAAUCCUCCAUUUUGAUCAAAAAGGAACUUCUAAACUGGUCAGUAUUUAGAUACCGAACAAAACCAUCUUGGUCGACGUGCUUUUUCGUACAUUUUAGAAUCAUUCGGUCCUUAAAGUUGUAAAAUGCACUAAAAGCCGAAUCUAGAUUUAUUCUCUCUCUCCAUUCAUUCUACU